AUGGACUACUGUUUCUCAUCUUUACCCUAUGGAGAUUCUCAAUCCCGUCAAAGAAGAUAUCAUCAGAACUUCUUGCGCUGCCUCGCAUUCAGAGUUCCUCACAAAAUGUUCAUCACCAUUAUGGAAGAACCCGGACUUCUUUAUAUCAUUACCUUUCAAAAAGAAUGAAGAUGUCAAUCCAACCAAAGCAAGCCAUCCGGGAAUGAAUCCAGACCAUUACAAUUUGGCACUUGAAGAAGUUGACCAACUCCAAAAAGAAGACCUCAUUGAGAAGACCACCUCACCGUGGGCAUGUGAAGCUUUCUAUGUCAACAAAAGAGCUGAACAAGUACGAGGAAAACUAAGGUUAGUCAUCAACUACCAACCGCUAAACCAUUUCCUUGCGGAUGACAAGUUUCCUCUACCAAAGCGAGAAGUCCUGUUCCAAAGACUUCCCCAAGCACAAGUCUUCUCCAAAUUUGACCUGAAAGCAGGUUUUUGGCAACUUGGAAUCAAACCAGAGGAUAGACCAAAGACUGGGUUCUGCAUACCAGAUAGACAUUACCACUGGAAAGUCAUGCCGUUUGGAUUAAAAGUUGCACCUUCACUGUUUCAAAAAGCCAUGAUCAAGAUUUUUGAGCCAAUCCUCCCGAACGCACUGGUCUACAUCGACGAUAUUCUGUUAUUCUCUUCGGACAUUGAUUCCCAUACAGCACUACUGGCGAAAUUUCACAACAUUGUGCAACAAUAUGGAGUCAUGCUUUCUGAAAAGAAAAUGGCGAUUGGAGAAACAGAGAUAGAUUUUCUGGGUAUGCACAUCUCUCAAGGAGAAUAUCAUCUUCAGCCUCAUAUUGCAACGCAACUAGAUGAGUUCCCUGACGAAAACCUCUCUUUCAAGCAAGUCCAACAAUUCCUUGGCAUUGUCAAUUACAUGUCGGAAUUCAUCCACGGCCUGGCGAAGCACAGAUCGAUACUCUCUGCUCAACUCAAGAAAAAUGCCCCUACUUGGGAUAAAAAAUGCACUGAAGCAGUAAAGGAGCUCAAACGAAUUUCGAAGACCCUGCCAGCAUUAAAGAUUCCAUCAAAAGGCAAAAGAAUCCUACAGACGGAUGCAAGUGAUUUUUACUGGGAAGCAGUCCUUUUGGAAGAAGAUGAGAAAGGUAAAAGGCAUAUCUGUGGUUACAAAAGCGGAGUUUUCAAGUAACCGUCAGAGCGUUGCAGUCCAAAUGAAGAAAUUUGUUUUGAAAUCUAUGAUAAAGCAGAAAAGAGCUUCUUUGUAACUUAUAUAAACUUGAGAUGAUGAAGUUUAGGAGUUUGACUUAUUGUGAGAAUUUACAUUUCUGUAAUAUAUUAUUAUAAUGUGU